AUGUGCUACACCCAAACCUUUUUAGCCAUCAUCACACUCAUUUGCUCCCUCCUCCUCACUUUCCUCCCUUCCAAGACCCUCCCAUGGAAUUGGCCGCUGAUGAAGCUCCUGCCGACGGCGUACCUCCGCAGCCACGAGCUCUACGACAAGCUCACGCAGGUCCUCGCCGAGAGCAACGGCACGAUCCUGUGCCGAACCUCGUGGUACACGAACGUGGACACGCUGGUGACCAGCGACCCACGCAACGUGCAGCACGUCUUGAACUCGAGAUCCUCGCUCUACCAGCGAGGAUCCGAGUUCAGGAAGGUGUUCGAUUUCCUGGGAGAGGCGGUGUUCGUGAAGGGCAUCAAGGAGUGGAAGGAGGACAAGAAGGUGACGCACGGAUUCUUCAAGGAGAGCGGGUUCCACGCCGCCGCGCCGGGGAUCAUCCGCCGCACCCUCGAGACGGGCCUCGUCCCGGUCCUCCGCCACGCGGCCGCCUCGGGCGGGGUCCUCGACCUGCAGGAGGUGUUCAGCCGGUACAUGAUCGACGCGACGUGCCUGAUGGCCACCGGGUCGGACAUGGCCUCCCUGAGGGUGGGGUUUCCCCCGUGCCCCCUCAGGGAGGCCAUGGACGACAUGGCCGACGCCGUCUUCUGGCGGAACGUCCUCCCCGAGAAGGUCUGGAGGAUGCAGAACCUUCUCGGGGUUGGGACGGAGAGAAAGAUGGCGCGUGCUUGCAACGACCUCAACCAGAUUAUAGACAGUCUCAUGUCGUCCCGGAAGAAUCAGGACCUCGCCGGAGGCGGCGGCGGCUUCGACGUGCUCGAGUAUUACAUUGCCGGCGGCGAUAGGAAGGAAACCCUAACAAAGGAGUUCAUAAAGGCCAACAUCAUGACUCUCUUUUUCGCGGCAAGAGACACGUCAGCUGCCAUCCUCACAUGGUUCUUCUACCUCAUUUCUGCAAACCCUAGGGUGAAGAAGGCGGUUUUGGAGGAGAUCGAGCGCAUUUCUCCGGCGAGGGAGCAUCUCUUCUCCGACGCGGAGGAUCUGAGCAAACUGGUUUACCUCCACUGCGCGCUAACGGAGAGCUUGAGGCUCUUCCCGCCUGCGCCGGUGAUCAUGAGGGAUCCGACGGAGGAGGACGUGCUGCCGAGCGGGCACCGGGUGGGGAAGUCGACGAAGAUCGUGAUGUGCUCGUACGCGAUGGCGAGGGAGGCGGCGAUAUGGGGAGACGACUGCGGCGAGUUUAAGCCGGAGAGGUGGAUGUGCAAGGGAGGAGGGGUGAGGCACGUGGCGUCGCACAGCUUUCUCGCGUUCGGGUCGGGCCCGUGGGCUUGUCCGGGCCGGGAGCUGGCCCUUGCGAGGAUGAAAGGUGUUGCGGCCACCAUUCUGCACAACUUUGAUGUUGAAGUUUUGGAAGGGCAGAGAGUUAGCCCUAGUGUUUCUGCUUUUCUUACAGUUAAAAAUGGUUUGAAGGCUUCGGUUUCUAGCAGGUGGCUCUGA